AUUCGAGACCUCACGUCAAGGGCUUGGACUGACCACACGUUUCACCCCCAACACCUUGGUGCUUUCCUUUCACCCUUUCACUUGAAUGACGGCUUUCACAGUCAAUCACUCAUGUUCAUUGCCGUCUUUACUUGACCCCGAGUCACAACACUCCCCCACUUCCAACUUGCUCGAAACACCAGUCCAGAGGCAGCUUCGAAGAUGGCGGCGAACAAACGCAUCAUGAAGGAGUUGGGCGACGUUAAUACCAACCCCCCACCCGGCUGCAAAAUCACCACCAAAGACGAAGACAUCUACAAUUGGGACGUCUCCAUGGAUGGGCCCGACGACUCCAUCUACAAAGGCGGCAAAUUCACCAUCGCCAUCGUCCUCCCCAAAGAAUACCCCUUCAAACCCCCCACCCUCUCCUUCCGCACCAAAAUCUACCACCCCAACGUCACCAACGACGACCGCGGCGCCAUGUGCCUCGGCAUGCUGCGGGCGGAGGAGUGGAAGCCGCCGAACAAGAUUGCCGACGUGCUGAAGCUGGUGCGCGCGGUGCUGAGUGCGCCGCAGCCGGAUGAUGCGGUCGAGGCCGGCAUUGCGGACCAGUUUAAGAAUGAUCGCAAGGGGUUUGACAAGACGGCGCAGGAUUGGGUGAAGAAGUAUGCGAAAUGAGGGGGAAAGAUGGUGGAAUAGGUGGGCUCGAGAGGGAAGGGGUCUUGGUUCAGUGGGGAUCGAUUAUGGCAAAGGGAGUGCAUUUCCUGGGAGUAUAUGAUUACGAGGAAGAACGAACUCUCGGAGAGAAGACUUGAGGUUGCGAUACGGAUGAUAAGGAACGGCGCUCAUGCAGAGAGAAUACACGCUGCUGCAUAGCGCUUGGCGCUUCAUGAGCUUGAGACAAUGACGAGUACCGCAAGCUACCAACUUGUGGGUUAGAAAAGCAAUCCCGCUGUAGAACUCAU